AUGCACACUAGGAGCCAGCUCCUAUCCAUAGCUGCAACGGCAUGGGUGCUUCUCAAUGGAGCGGCAGCCGCCCCUAGUCCGGAUCACGGCGAAGCCUCGCUCCCGGAGCUCUUGAGAUCGGCAGGUCUUGCCAGCGCCGCCUUUUCCUCAGGCUUAAUUGCUGCACCCUCCGGAAAAACUGCAAUAGCACCAGUUUCAGCUACCGGGCCACCUGAAAGCGCUGCAACUGAAUCACCCCCAGCUACCGGAUCGCCAGGAACCGGUGCUACAUCGAUUCCAGGUACAGCACCUCCGGGAGGAGUUGCCACUGAAUCACCCCCAGCAAUCCCAACAGCUGGUGGGAGCGUCUCCCUCUCUCAACCUAUUGUCACCUCUACUGGAGCAGGGGUGCCUCCUGGAGGUGGCGUACCGGGCAUUCCAACCGCUCCCGAAUCAGCAAUUCAGUCAUCAUGCAUUGUUGUGACACAUUCCGUCCCCCCAGAGACGAGGCCGACCAUCGUCUUGACAACUUCUUGUCCAAUAGCAACCGGUCCGCCGGCAGGAACCGGUCCUCCAGGAGCGACAGGCCCACCGGCGGCAACUGGUCCACCACCAGAAACUGGUCCCCCAGCCGCUACAGGUCCUCCGGGGGCAACAGGUCCCCCAGCCGCGACAGGUCCUCCAGGAGCGACAGGCCCACCGGGGGCAACAGGUCCACCACCAGAAACCGGUCCCCCAGCCGCUACAGGUCCUCCGGGGGCAACAGGUCCCCCAGCCGCGACAGGUCCUCCAGGAGCGACAGGCCCACCGGGGGCAACAGGUCCACCACCAGAAACCGGUCCCCCAGCCGCUACAGGUCCUCCGGGGGCGACAGGUCCCCCAGCCGCGACAGGUCCCCCAGCCGCGACAGGUCCUCCAGGAGCGACAGGUCCUCCGGGGGCAACAGGUCCACCACCAGAAACUGGUCCGCCAGCCGCGACAGGUCCCCCAGCCGCGACAGGUCCUCCGGGGGCAACAGGUCCACCACCAGAAACUGGUCCGCCAGCCGCGACAGGCCCUCCUCCAGGAGCGACAGGCCCACCGGGGGCAACAGGUCCCCCAGCACCAACCGGCCCAGGAGCCCCUACUUGUCCACCAGCGGCUGUGUGCCCACCGUGUCCAGCUACUGAGGCACCUUCUUGUCCCCCUUCUUCCACAGUUACAAUGACGACUACAGUCACUGAGACGCCUAUUUGUCCACCUUGCUCUCCGGCUACAACGACGAUUACAGCCACUUCUACUGUCACAGUCACUGAAACUGUCUGCCCCCCAGGUCCUACCGGCCCUCCUGCGCCUCCCGCCCCUCCGGGCAACACUGGUCCUCCUGGCGGCCCUGGUGGCCCCGGUCCCGGUGGUCCAGGCGUCCCUGAAGCACCUAGCGGCGGCGGCGGAGCAUGUACCGUCCCAACUGCACCUCCAGGCGGUCCCGGAUCUCCGCCUCAAGCUACUGGACCUGGGGGACCCGGUGGUCCCGGAGGACCUGGAGCCCCGCCUCAAGCCACUGGACCUGGAGGACCUGAAGGACCUAAAGGCCCCGGAACCCCGCCUCAAGCCACUGGCCCCAGUGGCCCUAGCGGACCUGGACCCGUGCAACCUGGAGGGCCACCUCCAGCCCCUGUUUCGACGUGCGUCACCGCAACUGUCCCAGCAUCCGGAGGCCCCGCUCCACCAGAGACCCAGCCACCUGGCGGAGGUGCUACAGGCCCAGCCAAGCCGCCAGCCGGGACGGAAACCGCUCCUCCCAAGCCCGGAGGCGGAGGCGAGACCACCCCUCCCGCACCCCCGGGCACCAAGGUCCCGCAAGGUCCCGGCGGCGGAAGCAUGACGGGAUUCCCCAACACAACCGUCCCCGCCGUGCCCACCAAACCGUCAGUCGCGCCCAACAUCACCUCCAGCGUAACCAAGCCCUCCGCUCCACCGGUCUCAAACCUCACCACCACCGCCCCGGGAGGCGGCAUACAUAACGCAACCACAACCCACGCCGUCCCCACGGGACCUGGCGCCGGUGCGCCUAACUCCACCAGUCUUCCCGGAGGAGGAAUCCCAACAACCCACCCCGGCGGCGGCGGCGGCGCAGGGACGACUCUCACCUCUGUCCCCGGCUCUACGCCCAGCUCCACACCCGGCGCUCCCGGCGGCGCAGGAACGACUCUUACCUCUGUCCCCGGCUCUACGCCCGGCUCCACACCCGGCGCUCCCGGCGGCACAGCCAGACCAACUGGCCCGCCAGGCGGCGGCGGUGCAGGAACGACUCUUACCCCUGUCCCCGGCUCCACGCCCGGCUCCACACCCGGCGCUCCCGGCGGCACAGCCAGACCAACUGGCCCGCCAGGCGGCGGCGGCGGCGCAGGAACGACUCUUACCCCUGUCCCCGGCUCCACGCCCGGCUCCACACCCGGCGCUCCCAGCGGCACAGCCAGACCAACUGGCCCGCCAGGCGGUGGUGGUGGCGGCGGCGGCGGCGGCGGGAACACUGGCGCCCCCCCUUUAGCGACCGGUCCGUCUGGCACCCACACGACGACACAGGGUCCUCCCGGCCAGCCGCCAGCGGGACAAGCCACCCCGAUGAUCGACCCAAAAAAGCAGAAGAAGAAGCGGACGAUGGAGGAAUUCCUUCCCACGAGCAUGAGAAAGAAGCCUUCUAUGGUUCACUCUCGGGCUUGA